CUUCUUUCUCCUCAUCCUCAAAGGUGGAAAUACCUCCACUUUAGAGCUACAAGAUGAUGCUCAACUGAUGCCCAAUGAGACCAUGACCAGAGGCUGAUCACCCGCAGGAGGCACCAUAUAGGUCAGGUGCAAUAAGUGUUCAGUGGCAGUGCAGGGCACUUGCUUGUUGUUAGUUCCUGGAACAUGAAACAUCAGCACUCUUGUGAGAAAGGAGCCUGACCUAACGAAAAGGUUGAGAGACGGUGACUAGAUAUAGUCAGGCUCACCUCAGUACACAACUUCGGCUCUGGGAGCAAUCUGGAGCUGUCUAGUUUAUGUUUCCAAUGUGGAGUCGCCCUUGGUGAGAGAUAAAAAAGUAGAAAUUGAUGAACUUUGCAUUUUCCUGGCUGUUGCAAACCACCUGAACUUGACUAAAGACAAUAAUAAGUACACCAUGAGCCGGCCAGUUAGACACCACACUCACCCUUUGACAGUAGUGCUUGAAAUGAAAAUCUAUGCCAUCUUAGAUAUGAGGGAAAUUGACCAGACUUUAAUUUCUUACAUUUGGGUUUCUUUGAAAUGGAAAAAUGAGUACAUUUGGUGGGACCCAUAUCAGUUCUGUGGACUGAAAUACAUAACUGUCCCUACCGGAUAUUUGUGGAUACCAGACAUAACAAUUGAAGAGAUGACAGAGAAGGACAAAGCUACUCCGAGUCCCUAUCUCAGCAUUAGCUCAGCUGGCUGGGUUGAAUUCAGAAAUGACCAGGUUGUGCUAAGCACCUGCAAAAUGCAUGUUUACAAAUUUCCCUUUGAUAUUCAGAGCUGCAACCUUUCGUUCAAGUCUAUCCUGCACACUGAUGAAGAUAUACAGUUACACUACCAGGAAAACAACACUUUGAUCACACGGUUGUCUCGGGAAGUGAUGCACACACAGUACGAGUGGCUGUUCAUCAACAUGAUAGUCACCAACAAAACCAACCGCUUGAACUUCAACCAAACUUCUGUUGUUUAUACUAUUACCAUGAAGAGGAGGUCUAUCCUGUACAUUGUGAAUUUCAUUCUGCCAGUCCUCUUCUUCUUGUGUCUGGACUUGGCAUCAUUCCUCAUCUCAGAUACUGGGGGUGAGAAGCUCAGCUUCAAAGUCACCGUCCUGCUGGCUGUUACAGUGAUGCAGCUUAUCCUCAAUGACAUUCUGCCCUGUUCUUCAAACAAGGUUCCACUUAUAGCUGUCUACUGCAUUGGGAUAUUUGCUCUGAUGCUGCUCAGCCUCCUGGAGACAAUUUUGGUGAUGCAUCUGAUUGAGAAAGACUCUGCAGCUCAAGAUAACGAGACUAGUAGAGACCAAAGCACAGAUGUGAACUGUGGUGACAAAUCCAAUCCACACAGAAACCUUGAAAUUUCAGAUAGUCACUGUGCAUCUGUCUGUGAUGCACCUGCUGAAGAAAUGCAAUCGGUGAUCAAAGAGGGGAGCAGAAGUAAACUGACGGACGUGUCCUUUGCUGUGGAAAAAGUUUCAGAUGAACCAGGGGCAACUGAGAAACCAAUGAAUCGACUCAGCAGUAACAGGAAGGAAGAAAUGAAGUCAGGCUAUUGGACCAGAGUGGUUAAAAUCAUUAACAGGGCUUUCUUGAUUUUUUAUGUCUCAGCAGUCACUCUGUUUUUAGGGGUUAUGUUUAUAAUGUGGAACAGUUCUGAAGAUGAUGAUGGGUAGAAGAAAAACCCUCUCAAUAAAUAAAUUGCUAGUUUAAAAACAAAGUUAAACAUUUUGAAAUCAUUAUGCACCGUCUGUUUUCACACCUGUAGUUUCCAUGUAUUCAAACCAAAGAAGACAGAACAGUCAUUGAUGCAAUGUAGGCUGGUGAGAGUUCAUACUGGCAUGUUACAAAGUAAUCCAAAGAUGUAAACGUGGAGUCUGAUCCACACUGAUAAUGUAGUUAUGUUUAGUUAUCUAUUAUGCAUCAUCAAAUUUAAAAUGACCCACUGUAGAAAAUACUGACUUUUAAAGCAUUAUUACAAAACAAGUCUGUUUAAGCUUCUAAAGUUCAAACUGGUCGCAACUUUGUUAUAUUUAUUAAUUGCUUUUUACAGUUAAAGUUAAAAUGUACCAACUAGAUUAAUAUGAUAUAUUAUUUUAAAAUAUUUAUUUUUAAACUGUAAGUUGUUGUUUUUUUUUAACAUGUUGUACCGAAAGCUGAUAUGUACACAUUGGGUCGAACCCAGUCUGACCUCAAUGAUUAUUUUGGUCAUUGGAAUUUUGACUGGUACUCCUCUAUAUUGUACUUUCAUUUUCUUUGAAUUCAUUUAAAAUGUGUAUUUAUUUUGAUGAGAAUUUUAGUAAAGUGACAUCUGUUGCUGUAA